AUGCAGUCCAUCUCGCCGGUGUUCUCGUCCGCCACGGACAAGAAUACGAAGUACUCUCCACCAUGGGCCGAUCUGAGUAUCAUCGGUAUCGCGGGCAGUUCAGGCUCAGGCAAGACUUCCGUGGCCAUGGAGAUCGUCAAGUCGUUGAACCUCCCAUGGGUGGUGAUCCUCGUAAUGGACUCUUUCUACAAAAGCUUAACCCCGGAGGAGCAUGCCAGAGCACAUGCCAAUGACUAUGACUUUGAUUGUCCCGAAUCCUUGGAUUUCGACGUGCUGGUGCAGACCCUGCGGGACUUGAAACAAGGGAAGAAGGCAGAUAUUCCUGUAUAUUCAUUUGCCAAACACCAGCGGGAACCCCAAACAACGACACUUUAUUCCCCGCACGUAGUCAUGCGUGAUGUCCGGGAGCGAGGAAGAGACAUUGAGGGAAUCAUCAAGCAGUGGUUCACCUAUGUCAAGCCUUCGUAUAAGAAAUAUGUUGAACCUCAACGAGCAGUAUCAGACAUGGUUGUGAAACACAUCCAGCGCAAUCUCGACGAGAAGUCUGAGAAGCACAGUGCAGAGCUCACUCGCCUCGGGCUGAUUGCCUCGGAAGAGACGCUGUCCCCCAACGUCGUCGUCAUGCAAGAAACGCCACAGUUCAUCGGCAUGAACACGAUCCUGCAGGACCCUGCCACAGAGCACGUCGACUUUGUCUUCUACUUUGACCGCCUCGCCGCUCUCCUGAUCGAGAAGGCUUUGGAUGUAACCUCCUAUAUUCCCAAGCAAGUAAACACCCCGCAAGAAACUUCCUACCACGGCUUGAACCAGGCCGGCACCGUCUCCGCCGUCGCCAUUCUGCGCGGCGGAUCGUGUCUCGAGACCGCUCUCAAGCGGACCAUUCCCGACUGCAUCACGGGCCGCGUCCUCAUUCAGACGAACGAGAAGAACGAAGAGCCAGAGCUCCACUACCUCAAACUACCCCCUGGAAUCGAGGAGCACGAGAAUGUCAUGCUCCUGGACCCGCAAAUGUCGAGCGGAGGCGCCGCCCUGAUGGCCGUCCGUGUGCUGAUCGACCACGGCGUGCGCGAGGAGCGGAUUGUGUUUGUCACCUCCGACCCACGCUUCGCCAACAUCCAAAACGACCCGCGCUACCGACUGCCCAGCAAGCGACACACGCACGUGAAGCUCGACAAGCGGUUCGCGCACAUGUUGCGCGACAAGGACUUCUCGCGGAACGCGGCGGUGGAUCGGUACGGGCGGAAGCUUGCGCGCGAUGACACCAAGAAGCAGCUUGAGCGAUUUUAUCGGCUGGAGGAGGAGAAUGGGGAUGAAGAUGAGGAAGGGGAGGAGGUGGAGGGUAGUGUGGCGGAUGAUGAAGAGGUUUUGGCCGAGUUGCGGAAGGCGGAUGCUUAUGAUCCUGCGAGGGAUGGCGGGUUUGGUUCCUCUUCUUCGGAGGACGAGAGUGAGAGUGAGAGUGAUGAGGAGGAUGAGAGUGGGGAUAGUGAGGGUGAGGGUGAGGAUGAUGAUGAUGCGCAGCUCGGUGGCGAGGAAUUGGAGUUCCCGGAUAAGCAGCAGCGUGAUGUGCCCACCGGUGAGGUCACGGAUCGUAUCGCUGUGGUGAAUCUUGAUUGGGAUAAUAUCCGUGCUGAGGAUCUGAUGGCUGUUUUCUCGAGCUUUGUGCCUGCUGGUGGACGUGUGUUGAAGGUUUCGGUUUAUCCGAGUGAGUUUGGGAAGGAGAGGAUGGAGCGUGAGGAGACGGAGGGGCCUCCGAAGGAGAUCUUCGCGAGUGCGGAUAAGGGGAGUGAUGAUGAUGACGAGGAGGAAGGGUUUGAGGGGUUUGAGGAUGAGGAUGAGGAGGAGUUUGAUUCCGAUGAGGAAGAGGAGAAGAUUAAAAAGUCGAUGCUCAAGGAGGACAAAGGCGAGGAGUUCAACUCGACCAAGCUCCGCAAGUAUCAGCUCGAGCGUCUCCGCUACUUCUACGCUAUCUUGACCUUCUCCUCCAGGGAGGUCGCCAAGCAUGUCUACGACCUGGUUGAUGGCGCCGAGUAUCUGUCUAGCGCCAACUUCUUCGACCUCCGCUUCGUGCCGGACGACACCGAUUUCUCCGACGACAGACCCCGCGAUGAGUGCAAGCGCAUCCCGGACGGUUACCAGCCCAACGAGUUCGUUACCGAUGCCCUGCAGCACAGUAAGGUCAAGUUGACCUGGGACAUGGAGGACAAGUCGCGCAAGGAAGCGCAGGCUCGGGCUUUCCGCGGUAGUCGGAAGGAUAUCGAUGAGAACGAUCUGAAGGCUUACCUGGCGAGUGAUAGCUCGGACGAUGAGGAAGAGGGCGGCGUCGAGGUCAUGGACGCUACGCAGGGUGAAGGUACGAGCAAGCACAUUUCCAAGAAGGAGGAGGAGAGGCAGCGGAUGCGCGCGCUCUUAGGGCUGGGCGCAGAACCUACGAAAUCCUCCAAAUCCGACGGCCCCGUUGGCGAGAUGGAAGUUACCUUCACCUCGGGUCUUGCUGGCGGUCCGAACCGCGACAGCGUCUUUGAGAACGAACCCCAGAUUGAAGAGACUACGAUCGAGAGAUACAUUCGCAAGGAGCGGGAGAGGAAGAAGCGCAGAAAGGAGAAACUCAAGGGUAACAAGCACGACGACGAUCCCGACGCGAGUGAGGCGGAGAAGGAUGACGCCAAGCCCACUGCCGAGGAGCAGCCCCAGCAGGAAGACCUGGGCUUCGACGAUCCUUUCUUCGACGACCCCGAUGGAAAGGCUACCGCCGCUGCUCGUCGCAAGGAAGAGAAGCGUAAGAGACGGGAAGAGCGUGCGGCCGAGGAAGCCGCCGCCGCGGCUAAGCGCGCCGAGCUGGAGCUGCUCAUGGUGGACGAGAACAACAAGGGUAUGAAGCACUUCGACAUGAACGAGAUCGAGAAGGCCGAGAAGCAGGCUCGCAAGAAGGGCAAGAAGGGUAAAGGCAAGGGCAAGCAGGCCGAGCCUCUUGUGGAUGACUUCAAGAUGGAGGUUGCCGACCCGCGUUUCUCGCGACUGUUCGAGAGCCACGAGUUCGCCAUCGAUCCCACCAACCCCAAGUUCAAGGCUACUUCUGGUAUGAAGGCCCUGCUCGAGGAAGGUCGCAAGCGUCGGCGCGAUCGGGACGACCAUGCGGAGGACGCGCCUAGCAACCAGGAUCGGGCAAAGAAGCAGAAGAAGCAGGCUUCGAAAGACGCGGGGUCGGAUGAUUUGAAAAAGCUGGUGGACAAGGUGAAGCGUAAGACGCAACCGCGCUGA